AUGGUGCAGCAUGCUGUAGAAUGGCACUUCAACCCACCGCAUGCCAGUCACACUGGGAGUGCUUGGGAAAGAAUGAUUAGGUCUACGCGCACCAUACUCAAAGCUCUUGCGAGAGAACAACUACUUACAGACGAGAAAUUAUUGACCCUGAUAGCUGAGACAGAAAGAAUACUCAACGACAGACCGAUAACUCCUGUAAGCAGCGACCCAAGAGAUCCGCCUGCAUUGACACCAAAUAUGCUUCUUUUAAUGAAGUCUAAUACUAGUAUUCCGAGUGGAAUUUUCAAGAAGGAAGACGGUUACAGCAAGAGGUGGUGGAGACAGAUCCAAUACCUAGCAGACACAUUCUGGAAGAGGUGGAUUAAAGAGUAUUUGCCUACCCUGCAAACUCGACAGAAGUGGCAGAGAGAAACACGUGACGUACAAGUCAAUGACGUGGUGCUCCUGGUGGAAGACAAAGUACCGAGAGGGCAGUGGCCGCUUGGCAGAGUUACCGAAAUCAUUGAGGGUAGGGAUGGGCAUAUACGUAAAUGUAAGGUUCAAUCUAGGAAUUCGAGCUGCGUGAGACCAAUUACGAAGUUAUGUCUGUUAGAAGCUCAGAGUGAUUAA